AUCUGGUCCGAGAAUGUGACAGUGCGGCAGAAAGUCACAGUUACCGUAUGCACGCACUGGCACCAUAAGAUACUGGUGGUUGCACCAGCAAACUUGAUAAUUAGUGGACCAACGGAAAUGAGGCCCAGAAGGAAAUUGUAAGAAUAUAAAAGAUAGGAAAUAAUAGUCGAUGGACUCAAGCAAGGAAACCAGAAGAGUAGAAAAUAAGCACAGAGUCUAGCUGAGUAACAAGGCGUUGGCGUUGUGAGGAAUUGUGCUGUAAUUCUUGUUGCCUAUCAAAUGUCUACAAAGUAAAACCACCACCAGAGCCUUAAAGUAACGCACCAUUGCCCUUUCAUUCACCGAGCUACAUACCACAUCACGACAAGAAUCUGACUCGUCAUUCAUCCAACGUGUGCAUCGUCGCAAACUCCUGCCACAUUACCUGACCCGUCGAUCCUUGGCUUCAAUCAUCACAUCCCCGCCAUCCGCGAUAAUGGUGGAAAUAACUGAGGGAGGUACCCCUCCUCAAGCUCCCCAGGGCGACGACCAACACUCCAAGUCUCCGAGGGACAGCAAAGGAUGGGAUGGCAAGCUACGCGUUGAAAGGCGUCCGGUUAUGACAAAUCCAGAAGCUAUUUCCGACCCAGAGUAUUCUGACGAGGAGAACAUCCUACCAGGGGAGCAGAUCGGCCCAGAUGAGGAUCUCCUUCAAGACGAGCCAUCCGAUGUGGAGGAAAUCGACUGCAUACAUUCACGAGUCGCCUCAGUCCCCUCUCUCAACCUGGAUAGGUUCACGAAGCUUGUUCGUCUUUGCCUGCGACAAAAUGCUAUCACGGAAAUCGAAGGGCUCUCGAGUCUUGCGGAAACUCUGAGAGACCUGGACUUUUAUGACAAUUUAAUAUCACACAUCAAGGGCCUGGAAGACCUGACGAACCUCACCAGCUUGGACUUGAGCUUCAACAAGAUCAAGCAUAUCAAACGUGUGAACCACUUGACGAAAUUGACGGAUUUAUACUUCGUGCAGAACAAGAUCAGUACGAUCGAGGGCCUUGACGGCCUGACACAACUACGAAAUCUCGAGCUUGCUGCGAACAGAAUACGAGAAAUCCAGAACCUCGAUACACUCACUGGCCUGGAGGAGUUGUGGCUUGGGAAGAACAAGAUUACAGAGAUGAAGGGCUUGUCGUCACUGUCAUCAUUGAAGAUUCUCAGCAUCCAGUCAAACAGAAUCCGCGAGAUAUCGGGCCUCGAAGAUCUACAAACCCUGGAAGAACUAUACAUCUCCAACAAUGCUCUGAGCUCCCUCUCCGGCCUGGAGAAAAAUCUUAAACUAAGAGUGCUCGACAUCAGCAACAACACUGUUUCCAGCCUGGCUGGUCUAGGACAUUUGGAGCAGCUCGAGGAACUCUGGGCAAGCUACAAUAAGAUUGAUAGCUUUGCGGACGUGGAGAAGGAGCUGGCUGAUAAGAAACAGCUGACCACCGUAUACUUUGAGGGCAACCCCGUGCAGCUGAGGCAACCCGCGCUGUACAGGAACAAGGUUCGACUGGCUUUACCACAGAUACAACAGAUUGACGCUACAUUUGUGAGAGUAACAUAGGAUCUUGCAUACCAUGUGCUAGUAUCACAACACCGAGCACAGAUACGCUUCAUUUCACAGAAUGGCUUCGUUCCAAGCUGAAGAUGAUGAAGGACGUAUUUGUGGCUUUUGCAAGUUGAGCCGCAGCAGAGCCUGAAUUACGGGGAAUGGGACUUCAAGAAGUGUAUGAUUUAAAGACCAGAACAUGUCACUAUGUAUUGGUAAAGGAGACUUCAAACACUGAAGUGUCAGUUCCUCAUGACGAUAAUGCGAUCGUUUCAUACGGUGCGUUCUGAUACAUUCAAGGCGAGGGUAUCAACAGUCACAGAGCACCCAACAGAAGACUGUGGGCAUCAGGAUGGACCAUAGCUGCCAAAGAGAUAACU